CUUUUCCUUUUUUGUGAGGAGAAAGUAAGUAAUGUCUCAACUGGUCCUCCUCUUUCUCUCUCUCUCCAGAAAUCAGAAACUAGCUCUAUCACUUUCUCUCUCCUCUGAACUCUGCAACUAAUUUCAGAUCAUUUACUCUCUCAGAUUCCUCUCUUCUCUCUUUCUCUCUCCAAACUUUUCGCUGAUUUCUCGACUUCUACGCAUUUCGCUCACUUCAAAAACCAGAAAAAAGCUGCUGUCUCUUUUUUUUUCCUCGCAUUUUCUCUCUCCUCUUUUUUUCCGGCGCAAGUCAAUCAGCGUUUGACUUUCUUGUGACUGAUAACGAAAUCACUACUCACUCGCAUUUUCGAUUUUCAGCAUUGAUUGAAGUGUAAUUCAGUUGAAUAAAGCUGCUAAAUGAUGGCGGAAAUCCGAAGUUUUAUCGGAUUAACAUAAUGAUGGAGUGAAGUUUUCUUUUGCGUGUUAGUUUGAUUUUGAUUUGGAGAAAUCGUGGAAUUCGUUGUUGAACAGUAGUAAUUUUAGUAAAUUUGAUGUAUGGAAGGGUUUCAUUACUUUGAGAAUGGAUGAGUUGAGAUUGAGUUGAUUUUCCUUAGUUUAUGAUUGUGAUUUUUGCGGUGAAAAUCUGGAUUUUGUUGAUUACUUGGAAGGAUGGAUAGAAUGGCGACGGAUCUUACUCGCAACGGUUCUGUGGAGCGGGAUAUUGAGCAGGCGAUUACUGCUUUGAAAAAAGGUGCAUAUCUGCUGAAGUAUGGAAGAAGAGGAAAGCCAAAGUUCUGUCCAUUCCGGCUAUCCAAUGAUGAAACUGUUUUGAUAUGGUUCUCGGGGAAAGAGGAGAAGCACCUAAAGCUGAGCCAUAUUUCCAGAAUUAUAUCUGGCCAGCGUACAUCGCUCUCUGCUAAUCAGUUCUUUCUUCAUUACAGCCAAUUUUUCAAAGAUAUCCUCGACCUGAGAAGGAAUAUCAGUCAUUUUCUCUCAUAUAUAACGAUAGAUCAUUGGACUUGUUUUCAUUAUCAGAUUUGCAAGGAUAAGGAUGAAGCUGAAGUAUGGUUUAGUGGUCUUAAAGCCCUGAUUUCGAGGAGUCAUCAAAAGAAGUGGAGAACGGAAUCAAGGAGCGAUAGCAUACCAUCAGAAGCAAACAGUCCAAGGACCUAUACACGAAGGAGCUCUCCUUUACACUCUCCCUUUGCAAGUGGAGAUAGUUUGCAGAAGGACAGCAGUGAUCACAUUCGCCUCCAUAGUCCGUAUGACAGCCCCCCUAAAAGUGCUUUGGACAAGGCAUUUUCAGAUGUGAUGUUCCCUGUGCCUCCAAAGGGUUUUUUUCCUUCAGAUUCUACUGCUGCUUCUGUCCAUUCAAUCUCAUCAGGUUCAGAUAGUGUAUAUAGUCACAUGAAAGGAAUGGCUGCAGAUACUUUUAGAGUCAGUCUAUCAAGUGCUGUUAGCUCAUCAAGUCAAGGUUCUGGUCUUGAUGACGGGGAUGCCCUUGGUGAUGUUUUCAUAUGGGGAGAAGGCACAGGGGAUGGUGUGAUGGGUGGUGGUGUGCGUAGAGUAGGUAGUUGUAUUGGUAUCAAGAUGGAUUCGUUGUUGCCUAAGGCAUUAGAGUCUGCUGUAGUCCUUGAUGUCCAGAACAUAGCUUGUGGCGGACGGCAUGCAGCUCUAGUGACCAAGCAAGGGGAGAUUUUUUCAUGGGGUGAGGAAUCUGGAGGCAGAUUGGGGCAUGGGGUGGAUGCUGAUGUGUCACAUCCAAAGCUUAUAGAUUCCCUAAGUAAUACCAACAUUGAACUUGUAGCAUGUGGGGAGCACCAUACUUGUGCUGUUACCCUUUCUGGAGAAUUGUACACCUGGGGUGAUGGUGCUUUCAACUUUGGCCUUCUUGGGCAUGGGAAUAAUGUUAGCCACUGGGUCCCCAAAAGAGUGAAUGGUCCGUUGGAGGGAAUACACGUCUCUUAUAUCUCUUGUGGACCUUGGCACACAGCUGUUGUGACCUCUUCUGGGCAAUUAUAUACUUUUGGAGAUGGCACAUUCGGCGUUUUGGGCCAUGGAGACCGUAAAAGUGUUUCCAUACCCAGAGAAGUGGAGUCUCUAAGGGGUCUUCGCACUGUUCGAGCUGCUUGUGGUGUCUGGCAUACUGCUGCAGUUGUGGAAGUUAUGGUCGGCAACUCAGGGGCUAGCAACUGUUCCUCAGGUAAGCUAUUCACUUGGGGUGAUGGAGAUAAAGGUCGACUUGGGCAUGGUGAUAAGGAGGCAAAACUUGUGCCCACAUGUGUUGCUGCUCUUGUUGAUCCUAAUUUCUGCCAGGUUGCCUGUGGGCAUAGCAUAACAGCUGCACUUGCAACCUCUGGUCAUGUUUAUACGAUGGGAAGCCCUGUCUAUGGCCAGCUAGGUAAUCCUCAUUGUGAUGGGAAGCUCCCAGCACGUGUAGAAGGAAAGCUCUUGAAGUGUUUUGUAGAGGAGAUAGCUUGUGGGGCUUAUCAUGUUGCUGCCUUGACCUCUAGAACUGAAGUUUACACUUGGGGGAAGGGUGCAAAUGGACGAUUAGGUCACGGGGACACAGACGACCGAAAUACCCCAACAUUGGUAGAAGCUCUUAAGGACAAACAAGUGAGAAGUGUUGCUUGUGGUACGAACUUCACUGCUGCGAUCUGCCUGCAUAAGUGGGUAUCAGGUGUUGAUCAGUCAAUGUGUUCUGGCUGUCGCCUGCCAUUUAAUUUCAAAAGAAAACGUCAUAACUGUUAUAAUUGUGGGCUCCUAUUUUGUCAUUCAUGCAGUAGUAAAAAAUCUUUCAAGGCUUCUAUGGCUCCUAAUCCAAACAAACCUUAUCGAGUCUGUGAUAGUUGCCUUUCUAAACUUCGGAAAGCAGUUGAGACUGGUAUUUCAACCCACUCCUCUGUUAGCAGAAGAGGAAAUGUGAAUCAGGGGACUGAGCCAAAUGAGAGAGACGAAAAGCUUGAUUCUGGAUCCCGAGGUCAGCUUGCAAGAUACUCUUCGAUGGACUCCUCAGAAGGUCGAUCUAAGAAAAAUAAGAAAUAUGAAUACGAUAGCAGUCGUGUAUCACCUAUACCAAAUGGCGGUUCACAAUGGGGAGCUAAUAUAUCUAGAUCUUUUAAUCCCGUGUUUGGAUCAUCAAAGAAGUAUUUCUCCGCUUCAGUUCCGGGAUCCAGAAUUGUUUCUCGAGCAACAUCGCCAAUUUCAAGACGACCAAGUCCACCUCGUUCAACUACACCUACUCCAACCCUCUCAGGACUUAUGUCUCCGAGAGUGACUGUUGAUGAUGCCAAGAGGACCAAUGAUAGCCUUAGCCAGGAGGUUAUCCGAUUGAGAGCACAGGUGGAGAGUCUCACUCGCAGAGCCCAACUUCAAGAAGUUGAACUGGAAAAAGCAAAUAAACAAUUGAAGGAGGCGAUAGCAAUAGCAGGUGAAGAGACUGCAAAAUGCAAGGCAGCCAAGGAAGUGAUCAAAUCACUAACUGCCCAGCUCAAAGAGAUGGCUGAAAGGCUGCCGGUUGGAGCUACAAGAAACAGCAAGUCUCCUUCAUUUCCAUCUUUGUCAUUUACCCCCACUUUUGCUGACAUCUCAAAUUCCUCAUUUGACCAGUGUAAUGAUCAGAUACCUAGCCAUGUGGCAGACUCAAAUGGUUUACAUGGUCUGGUGCUUUCAAAUGGGUCAGCCACCCCUAGUAGCCGUAGUUCUGUUCAGAGUAGAGUAGUUAGUUCAGAGGCAACAAGAAAUGGGAAUAAAACUCGAGAAGGUGAACCUCGUUCAGAGAAUGAAUGGGUCGAGCAGGAUGAGCCUGGUGUAUAUAUUACAUUUGUCUCCUUACCUGGUGGGACCAAGGAUCUAAAGCGAGUUCGUUUUAGCCGCAAAAGGUUUAGUGAAAAGCAAGCAGAACAGUGGUGGGCAGAAAACCGAGCAAGAGUAUACGAGCGUUACAAUGUUCGUUCAGCUGAUAAAUCGAGCGUUGGUGUUGAAAGUGAGCUCGGCUCAUUGAUCACUGAUAAGUAAAAUUGAUAUACCUAGAUAGUCAUUCCUCAAGUGUUAUCUGUUACAGCUUAUGCAUUCUGUUAUUCCACGCGAUUUUGUGCUGAUCUAUGAAGCUAUGAAUCUUGGACCAAUAUUAAAGGGUCCAGACAGAUUCAAUUGUUUUCUUCAAUUCUUUUUUUAAGUCCUCUCUCUCAAAUCCAAUUCAUGUAAUUUGAUUGUAGCUUCUUCCUUUCUUCCUUGUUAAUUGUAAGAUGCGUGAGGGUUGAGGGUGAGAAAUGUAUAUUCAUUCUAGGUUGCUGGCUUUUGUUGAAAGCAGCUGCUUGUAAAUUCUGAUUCAAGGAAAGUAAUUUUCAGGUUUUCUAACAUCGUUUUUCUUGUAUAAUAAUAAAACUUUGGUUGAACAU